AAUCUAAAGUCUGAUUUUGGUAAUCGCGGUAGUGUUAUAAUAGUAUGUAAUUAUUUAGAUUAAAGAAUUGAAUUGUAAAACAACGCGACUAAAUCCCGAAGACCAGGAUAAUUAAUCUGGUUUCACACCAUCAUUUGUUCUGAUUCCCUUUUUUGAAUCAAAAAUUACAAAAACCAUAUUUUUACUGCCAUGCUCAAACACCUGCUUUCGGGCCGACCUGAUGAAGCCAUCGAAGAAUCUGUUAAAUUGGAAAAGUCUGGAAAUCUUGAAGGCAGCCACCAAUUAUCGUAAUCGAGGGGUAUCUCAGUUUUGGGAAAGCGUGAAAAAAACCUCUGUUCAAGAAACACAACAACAUUACCCUUAUAUAUUGAUGAAAUAUCCUCUCCAACUAUCGCUGGUGACUGGAAGAUAUCCCUUCAUGGAAUAAGUCUCUUGUUAUAUAAUUAUGUACUUUUAACAAAAUGCUGAAAAUCCAACUUCUCCUGAUUAUCCUGGCCUGUGCCCACCUGGGUGAGAGCUACAAGAUCCUGGCCAUGUUCCCGUUCCCCAGCAAGAGUCACCACCACCUCAGUCAGGGGGUCGUGAGGGCGCUCUUAAAGGCUGGUCAUGAGGUAACACAAGUCACUCCCUAUCCAGAUAAAGACCUACCAUCUAAUCUAAAACAAGUGCACAUCAGCGCAUUGGGUAUGGAAGAUUUCACGGACAGGUUUAACGUGACAGCGGUGCUUAAUGGGGAAGACCCAACGAGUUUCUCUACACUACCAAAAUUUAUAGAGGUUAUAAACAGAGGAGUGUUGACAGAUCAGUCCGUCCAAAAGCUGCUAAGCGACACGACAAUAACUUUCGACGUUGUCAUUAGUGAAUGGGCGUUCACCGACAGUUAUAGUGGAUUAGGAGCUAUCUUUAACUGCCCUUUUAUCUGGUUCUCAACCGUUGAGCCUCAUUCGAUGAUCUUGGGUCUGAUCGACGAAUCUUUGAAUCCAUCCUAUGUACCUAACAUCCGUUCCAGCAUCACUCCGCCUUUUGGCUUCAUAACCAGAGUAAAAGAAUUACUUCUUCAGUUAACAUUCACUGCUUUUGACCUUUUCUAUUUAACAAACUAUCAAACUAAGGUGUUUGAUGAAGUACUGGUCCCUCACAUUGUCAGCAGAGGAAGACCAGUGAUUCCCUUCAGCGCAGUCAGAUACAACGCUUCAUUAAUCCUGGGUAAUUCUGAUGCUUCUCUUGGACUGCCGGUGAGGUUGCCACAGGCUUAUAAAACCGUUGGUGGAUACCACAUCGACCCUGUCGUAAAACCUUUACCUGACGAUCUCAAGAAAUUACUGGACAAUGCUAAGAAUGGUCUGGUCUACUUCAGCAUGGGCUCAAUUCUGCAGAGCAGUGAACUUCCAGAACAACUGAAGAAGGACUUUUUAGACGUUUUGGGGAGCCUGAAUCAAACUGUCUUGUGGAAGUUUGAAGAGGUUCUGCCAAAUUUGUCACCAAACGUGCAUAUAGUUAAAUGGGCACCCCAGCAGAGUAUUUUAGCUCAUCCCAACUGCAUCCUGUUCAUCACACAUGGUGGUCUCUUAUCGACCACUGAGGCUGUACACUUCGGCAAACCAAUCAUCGGGAUCCCAGUGUUCGGAGACCAGUUCAGCAACGUCGACAGAGCUGUCAGGAAGGGCUUCGCUUUGAGAGUGAAUCUGGCUUACGAUAUGAAGGACAAAUUAAAAGUUGCCAUCGAUGAAUUUCUACAAAGUAAACGAUACACCGAGAAAGCGAAAGAGUUAUCACUGAUCUACCACGACAGACCGGUGCCCCCAAGCAAGGAGCUGGUCCACUGGGUGGAGCACGUGGUCAAGACACGAGGAGCUCCGCACCUUCGCUCUCCAGCACUCGAUGUGCCUGUCUACCAGAAGUUUUAUUUAGAUCUCGUUGCACUAAUUUUGACAGUAUUGUACGUGCUGAAGAAGAUUUUUGUGAAAAUUUGCUGUUCGAAGAAGAUAAUCGAUGAGAAAAAGAAGAAGAAUUAAAUGUUGUAUUGAUGAUUUGACUUUAGAAAAUGAUUUCUGAAUGAUUUAUUUUAUACUAUAUGUUUUAGUUUUGUAAUACGUUUGAAUUAACCUUUGUACAUUAUGAGAUAUUAGAAUUAAGUUUUUGACAUGAGUUGUGAAGUUAGUACUCUUUUUAAAUACAUUAAUGAAUUUAAUUAGGGAGGUGCUGAUAAUGUUUAUUUUAUAUUCCAACAUUUUCGUCUCCACUUCGCACGGUCGUCGGCAUCCCUAGUUAUCACACCAUAACUGGUAUAAUUGACGACACAUUAUAUUUAUACUUAUACAUGCAUCCAUUUCUAAUAGUUAUGCGAAUUCUUGGUAAAAUUGUGUUUAUAAGGUUCAUUAAAUCUACUAAAUCAUUA